AUGGUCUCACCAUUGUAUUCUGGUGCUCGCAUCCUCGAGAAUGCCACUGACAUUCUCAACUCGUCACUAGCAACUCUUGAGAAUGCUACCAGAGAUUCAACUAGAUUGAAAAAAAUUCUCAAAACCGAAAAGGUUUUCGGGCUUGUUCCAGACAAAGACUUAAGGUCUGCAAAGGAGUCAAUGAAUGCAGAUGUUCAUCCUCAAUUGCAGUAUUUAUUAGAAAAACUAGAGAAACAGGUAGGAAAACUCAAAAAGGAGCAAAGAUUGUUACAGAGCAAGGAACGCUUGGAACGCGCGGAACAAGAAAAAGAGCAUCGUUUGUCAACGAGGCCUAUCCACACCCCAGAUCCAUUCAAGGUGGGUCGUUUGAAAUUCCUACAGCAGAAAAAGAAGAGGCUUGAACAAGUAUUAGCUGAGCGAAAAGAAAUUCAUGAUGUGCAAGCGAGUCCUCACUUGACCAGAAAGGCCAAUUCGUGA